AUGGUUCUCAACUCGAGUCUUGUUCAACUUGUGACCAGACCAACUAGAUUCCGUGCCGGUCAGAUUCCGUUUCUGUUGGAUUUGAUAUUAGUUAGUGAUGAGGACCUCAUUUCGGAUAUCAACUUUCUACCACCAUUUGGAAAAUCUGACCAUUUAACACUUGAAUCUAAAAUACAGUUCACUGUAUCGAAGAAAACCAACAUUGACAGGAGGUCGAUUGAAUACAUUGAUUAUGAGUCUGUGUCACAAUGCUUGUCUGAUGUUAAAUGGGAGAAUGAAUUGGGGGACCUGGAUGUGGAUUCGAUGUGGGUCAGGCUCCUGGAAGUUGUUGGACAUGCCGUUUCGACGAACACCUCACGCAAGGAAAUCGUACAUAAUGUCUGCAAACCAUGGAUUGACUUUGGCUUGGUGAAGAGAAUCCGUCAAAAGAAAACUCUUUGGCAACGAUUCCUGCGCAGUGGACUCGAUUGUGACUACCGUAUCCACCGUUCUUACUCUAAUGUCCUGGAUCAAGAGAUAAGCAAGGCUAAGAGGCAAUAUGAGUCCAAAAUCGGAUUGAGCAGUGACCGAAAAAAAUUCUUCAAGUAUGUGCGAUCAUCCCUCAACUCUAAAGUUUCAACUCCACUAGUGAGAGAUGCUUCUGGUUCGAUGUGCGGAAGCCUUCGAGAGACCUCUGAAGUUUUGGCUGAUGUUUUCUCGGCUUCUUUCUCCGAUGAACCUGAUGGUCCUAUACCAGAUAUAAAUUCUCCCUAUACAGGUCAAUCCUUAUGCGAGGUUAAAUUCGACCGGGAGACUGUUCAGAGGCAGCUUGAGGGUCUCAGCACAUCGUCGGCACCGGGCCCUGACGGCUUGACGGCCCAACUUUUGAGGUCUUGUGCAGCAUCGUUGUCAGGAACACUAACUCUUAUUUUUGCGGAGUCGUUCCGGUCGGGCACUUUACCAUCUUCCUGGUUGAAGGCGUCAAUCACUCCUGUAUUUAAGAAGGGUGAUAAAUUUUCUCCACAGAACUAUUGA